UCUCAAAGGAUCUCAUGAUUGCUGAUUAGCUGGAGUUGGUGCCCGCGCUGUACAAGCUCAUAUUUCUUCCUCCUUGUGUUUAUUAAUAAAUAUAAACAGAUUAAACGUUGCCUGGGCGAUCUGUGGCAUAUGUUUAAACUCGGUCAGAGAGGGGCCAGACUACCUCCGUCCUAUUUUGAGCUUCAGUUUGGUUACCAGCUCUUCAGUUUGGGUUCAUUCCAUGGUUAUUGUCCUGGAACCUUGUUUUCUGGGUUGAGCUUGUAGGGCAACACGUAAUAUGGAGGAUCAAGAAAUGAACUGUGAGAAAGGAAAUGGGGCUCUAUCAGAGACGGAGAGAAAGUUUGAACCAUUGUUUAUUGAAGAAGAAGAUGAGGACUAUUUUGAAGACUGCAUGGAAGAGAUCGAGGCUGCUUUAACUCUUCCUGGAGAGUCCCUGCCUUUUUCACAAAAAUGCAGAGAAGCUUUGCAAUCUAAGUUUAAUGGACUUAUGCAACAGAUGUUGAUGCAGUUGGAUGAUUUUGAGGCAGCCCAUCCAACCAUAUCUACACCACUGGAAUUACUUUCAGAAACAGACAACAAAAUGGACAAGAAUGGAUUUCCAAAUGCAUUUCAGUUUGUCGAGAUGAGCAUUCCAGAGAAAGAGCCAUCUGUUUUGGUGGUUGAAGAUGAUCCUGUAUACACUUGUGUUUAUGUAAGGCCAGAGUUUUCAGCCACCAUGGAGAUACAACAGCUUAGAGAAGCAUUUGAGAGCUGCAUUCAGGAGGUGAGCCAGCUGGAGAACAGAAGGGAUGAGUUGGUUCAGGAGCUUUUGGAGCUUGAGGAGCCAAUGGCCCAAGAGCUAAAAACUGUGAGAGAAAAUCUGGGGGAGGAACAAGCCCUUCUGUCCAAGGUCAGACUGGAGAGACAGAGCCUGCAGGAGGAGACUCAAAAGACUAAAAGACGCCUGUUUAGAGCAGCCCGAGACUGUGCACAGAGACACCUAGAGCUUGAAUUACAACAGAAAGCAGUGGAGGAGCUCAACCAGGCUCAGAAGUUGAAGACCUUUGCUGAUAAGUUGUCUGAGGAAAUCUGCACGAUUCAUUCAGAUCACCAAAGCCACCUGCAAGAACUGCAAAAGCAGCAGAGCAUUACUCAGGAGUCCAGCAAGAGGAAGACCCGCUCUUAUGUGAGUCAAGGGCGGCGAGCCUCUUGUGACCUACAGCAGUACCUGGAGGGCGGGAUCAAAGCUCUGGAAUUGUUUUAUGAGCCCCGUUUAAUGUCCCUGCUGAAGAGACGGGAGGUCGCUGUGGAGGCCCUCGGUAAGGCUAAAGAGCAGUGCCAGGAGCUAAAAGCUCAGUUAGGACCACUGAGAGAAGAGGAGCAGAGGCUGAAACUACAAAAAAUUUGUCUGGAGGAGAGAAUCGGACUAAUGGAGAGACAGAGGAUUGAAAAUGUGGAACAAUAUCGGGAGACAAUUGACAUAUUGGAGGAGACACUCAGAGAAAUGAAAACUGAGCUCAAGAUCCAGAUUAAGAAGAGAGAAGAAUUGGAAAUACUGAAGAACAGCAAGGCCAAGGAGCUGUUACUCUACAGAGAGAGUGUAGAGGAGCCCUGCAAGCAAGACAACAGUGUCGUGGUGGAGAAAACCUAAUGAACCAAUGUUUGUUUCAUUGAAAUCUUUUUUUUUAUGUAAAAUGCUUUUGAUAUAGUUUUCGUAGUUAAAGCUAAACUGCCUGUCUUCUCUAUCAUUGAAGUCACCAAAACAAUAACUACAAUAUACUGCAAACACACAUCAAUGCAAUCUGCAAAGAUGAAAUCAGAUUCUAUCAAGCACUCUAAACACCAGGACCAAGUAUGUUAGAGAUCCAGAUCUUUAUCUGACAAGUUACGCAACUAAGAUUGUUCUUAAAACAGUUUUUGUCAGUUGUGUUUAAGCGAGAAUAAAGCUCUUAUAUCCAGUGGUGCCAGUGAAUUAAAAUGUUUCUUUUAUGAGUAAGUGAAGAGGGCAAAACAAAGACUUAAAUGGGCACUGUAAGAAAGCUUUCUAAACAUACCGACAGCAUGAUGGUGAGGACAUUUACUACUAAGUGCAAAGAGAAGAUUAAUGAAGUGUUUUGUUUAUUUAAUGUGUCCUGUUAAUAUGAUUUGAGAUAAACAUGUAAGAAUUAGAAUUUAUGUUUAUGUGAAUUGUUCUUACUUGCAGAUAGAGUUCAAUUACACAAACUCUGUCAAAAUGACAAGGGGCAUGUUUUUGUAAGAUUGCAUAAGAGGUUAUUUUAAGAAAUUUUGCAGUACUUUUAAAUCAUUUAAUCUGAAUUAUUACAAAAAAAUAAAGGGAAUUUUGUUGAGGAAUAAUGUCUUGA